AUGUCCAGCAGCGCUCUCGAGAGCCUCAAGUAUCGCGACGUGCUUGCCAUUGUCAAGGGCGCUCGCAAUGGCGCCGUCUACGGAGCCAAAGUGCGCAUGAUGCUCCUAUUUCGAUCUGGGACUCUCCGGGAAAAAGCGAAACGUCCAUACGACAGUUUCUUUGCCGGUCUCCUCGGCGGCUACGUCGUCUUCGGUCAACGAUCGCGAAAGGGCAAGAUCUCGAGCGUCAACCAGCAAAUCGUCAUCUACGUCUUUGCGCGCGUGGUGCUGGCACUAGCGCGCCUGGCCGUCAAGCCCGGUUAUGGAUUGCCGGGCGUGUCCGAGCCCAACAACAGCACCGCCAUUAGUCAUUACGCUUGGCCCGUCUUUGCCGCGGUGUCGUGGGCGAGCGUCAUGCAUCUGUUCAGGUGGCACGAUGCUGAGCUGCAGCCUAGUUUGCGCGGCAGUAUGGUGUACAUUUACAGAGACGCGGAUACGUGGGAUGGGUUGCGCAAUUUCUUGUGGCAUAACAAAUGA